AUGAAGAAGAACAGUUCUAUUAGGUCAAUUUUCAUUCAUGCAGAUGGUUUUGAUGUUUUCUUGAUGAUUAUGGGAUUCUUGGGUGCAGCUGGUGAUGGAAUUUCGAUUCCAUUAAUGACUUAUAUUACUGCAAAGCUGAUGAACAAUUUUGGUGCUGAGAAUGCUUCAAUCGUUAACUAUUUCACACAAGUUGUCAAUCAGAAUGCAUUGGGUUUGUGUUAUCUGGCUUGUGGGCAAUGUGUUGCUUGUUUCCUUGAGGGUUAUUGUUGGACAAGAACUGCCGAGAGACAGGCUUCACGUCUAAGAACAAGUUAUUUAAAAGCAGUGCUUAGGCAAGAUGUAGGCUACUUUGAUUUGCAUGUGACCUCUACAGCAGAUGUCAUAGCAAGCGUUUCCAGCGAUAGUCUUGUAAUUCAAGAUGUCAUUAGUGAGAAGGUUCCAGUUUUUUUGAUGAAUUUAUGGACUUUUGUGGGGGCCUAUAUAAUGGCCUUCUUGAUGGUCUGGAGGCUAGCGGUCGUGGGACUUCCAUUUGCGCUAUUACUCGUGAUACCAGGUUUGAUCUACGGAAAAUCUCUGAUGGGCAUUGCACAAAAGAUUAGUCGGGAGGCUAGCGAUUGUGGGACGUCCAUUUGCGGGGAGAGUAGGACUAAUGCUGAGUACUCUGCUGCUCUUCAAGGGUCUGUUAAAUUGGGAUUAAGGCAAGGUUUAGCCAAAGGUUUGGCCAUUGGUAGUAACAGCAUCGUCUUUGCAAUUUGGUCUUUCAUUUCUUAUUAUGGAAGUACAUUGGUCAUGUAUCACAAUGCUAAAGGAGGCACUGUCUUUGCAGUUGGUGCUACCAUUGCCAUUGGUGGAUUAGCACUGGGUACUGGUUUGUCUAACCUUAGGUACUUCUCCGAAGCAAUUGCAGCUUGUGAACGCAUAAUGGAAGUUACAACGAGAGUGCCAAAAAUAGAUUCGGAGAACAAGGCAGGACAAGUAUUACAAAAUGUUGUGGGAGAAGUCGAGUUUAAACACAUUGAAUUUGCAUACCCAUCAAGGCCCGAAAGCAUUAUUUUUAAAGAUUUCAAUUUGAGAAUCCCAGCAGGAAAGACAAUGGCAUUGGUUGGAGGAAGUGGGUCUGGAAAGUCUACAUUUAUUUCUCUAUUGCAGAGAUUUUAUGAUCCACGAAGUGGCGAAGUCCUUCUCGAUUGGAUCGCCGAUGAUAAGCUGCAACUGAAAUGGCUACGAUCACAAAUGGGACUGGUAAGUCAGGAGCCAGCCCUAUUUGCUACCACAAUUAAAGAGAACAUACUUUUUGGCAAAGAGGAUGCAUCUUAUGAAGAGGUUAUUGAGGCCGCCAAAGCUUCUAAUGCUCAUAAUUUUAUUAGUCAAUUGCCUCAAGGUUAUGACACCCAGGUGGGCGAGAGAGGAGUACAGCUAUCUGGAGGACAGAAACAAAGAAUUGCAAUAGCAAGAGCUUUAAUCAAGGCACCGAAAAUUCUCCUACUUGAUGAGGCAACCAGUGCUCUAGACUCUGAAUCGGAACGAGUUGUUCAAGAUGCACUUGAUAAGGCAGUGGCAGGACGCACCACCAUCAUCAUAGCACACCGUCUUUCCACCAUCCAAAAUGCUGACAUCAUUUCAGUUGUCCAAAAUGGUCAGGUCAUGGAGAUUGGCUCCCAUGACGAGCUUAUCGAGGAUGAAAAUAGCCUAUAUAGUUCGCUUGUCCGUCUACAGCAAACAGAAAAAAGUAAAGAUGUUACAAAUGCUAAUAGUCUUGCUGCAUCAACAACCAGUGCAAAUGAUGAUAUUCAUAACACAGUAAGUAAAAGACUAUCAAUUGUUAGUCAGUCCAGUUCAACUAACCCAGCAUCGCCAAGCCAAGGAGCGAACAUUGCAAAAAUUUCCGGUGAUCAAGUUUUGCCCGUGCCUUCAUUUAGAAGACUAUUGGCUAUGAAUUUGCCAGAAUGGAGGCAAGCAAUAUUAGGGUGUAUAAGCGCAAUGUUAUUUGGUGCAAUUCAGCCAGUGUAUGCAUUUGCUAUGGGAUCACUUAUAUCUGUGUAUUUCCAGCCAGACCACAGCAUAAUCAAGAAAAAGACAGCAAUAUAUUCUUUGAGUUUCCUUGGGUUAGCAAUUUUCUCACUGUUGAUCAACAUUUGCCAGCAUUAUAAUUUUGGAGCCAUGGGAGAGUAUUUAACAAAAAGAAUCAGAGAGAAAAUGUUUUCAAAGAUACUCACUUUUGAAAUCGGUUGGUUUGAUCAGGAUGAGAAUGCCACUGGUGCUAUUUGCUCAAGACUUGCCAAAGAUGCCAAUGUGGUUCGAUCGUUGGUGGGCGAUAGGAUGGCACUUCUUCUCCAAACUUUCGCAGCAGUGACCAUUGCUUGCACCAUGGGAUUGAUUAUAGCCUGGAAGCUCGCAUUGGUAAUGAUAGCAGCACAACCUAUCAUCAUAAUUUGCUACUAUUGCAAGCGUGUCCUGCUUAAAAGCAUGUCCAAAAAGGCCAUCAAAGCCCAAGAUGAAAGUAGCAAGCUCGCAGCAGAAGCUGUUUCCAAUAUUCGUACUGUCACGGCCUUCUCCUCCCAAGCAAGAAUUUUACAGAUGCUCGAGAAAGCCCAAGAAGGCCCACAAAAAGAAAAUAUUCGCCAAUCAUGGUUUGCAGGUAUAGGACUUGGGGCCUCUCAAGGCCUCAUGACAUUAACUUGGGCUUUGGAUUUCUGGUAUGGUGGUAAACUUGUUGCAGAAGGCUUCAUGGGAUCAAAAGCACUGUUCCAAACGUUCAUGAUCUUGGUGAGCACAGGUCGUGUUAUAGCCGAUGCUGGGACAAUGACAAACGAUCUAGCUAAAGGUUCCGAUUCAGUUGGAUCAGUUUUCGCAGUAUUGGAUCGGUGUUCCUUAAUCGAGCCAGAUGAUCCAGAAGGCCACAAGCCUAAUAAAUUAACCGGCCAUGUGGAGUUGCAUGAUGUUGAUUUCGCCUACCCUGCAAGGCCUAGAGUGAUGAUCUUCAAAGGCUUUUCAAUUAUAAUCGAAGCCGGAAAAUCAACAGCAUUGGUUGGAGAAAGUGGCUCCGGAAAAUCAACCAUAAUAGGUUUGGUAGAAAGAUUUUAUGAUCCACUUAAAGGAGUAAUAAAAAUCGAUGGUCUAGAUAUAAAGUCAUAUAACCUAAGGUCACUGAGGAAGCACAUUGCACUUGUAAGCCAAGAGCCCACAUUAUUUGCCGGUACCAUACGUCAAAAUAUCGCAUAUGGAGCAUUAGAACACGUGGACGAAGCUGAGAUCAUCAUGGCAGCUAAGGCAGCAAAUGCCCACGAUUUUAUCACAGGGUUGAAGGAUGGAUACAAUACAUGGUGUGGCGAUAGAGGACUGCAGCUAUCCGGGGGGCAGAAGCAACGAAUUGCAAUAGCACGUGCCAUUUUGAAAAAUCCUGCGGUUUUGUUACUAGACGAGGCCACGAGUGCAUUAGACUCUCAAUCGGAGAAAGUGGUGCAAGAUGCACUUGAGCGUGUGAUGGUGGGGAGGACAAGUGUAGUUGUGGCACACAGGCUAAGUACCAUACAGAAUUCUAAUACAAUUGCCGUUUUGAGCAAAGGGAAAGUGGUAGAACAAGGUACUCACUCUUCCUUGCUAGCCAAAGGACCAAAUGGAGCAUACUAUGCAUUAUUAGGCUUUGGCUCCUUCAAGUUCAAGAUAGUAGCAUUAGCAUUUGGAUUUGGACUUCCAUCGCUUUCAGAAAUGCUCGUUGCCGUGUUUUUCAAAGUUCCAAUCUUAGAGGCAGCAUCACCUUCAGUAGCCUAUGAAAUACAACGCCGGUAA